ACGCCUUUUCUUUGAAGGACUCAGAGCCGGAAGUGUUCGGUUUUUUUUUCCCUCUGCCGGGACCCGUAGGAUAGUCCCAUCAGCCCUUGCGCACCCCGGUCCCCUCUCUUCCUCCGACCUCCCUACGGAGGUGCUAGUCGUCUCCGACUCGGCACCAUGGCGGCCCUCAGACCCCUUGUGAAGCCCAAGAUCGUCAAAAAGAGGACAAAGAAGUUCAUCCGUCACCAGUCAGACCGAUAUGUCAAAAUUAAGCGCAACUGGCGGAAACCUAGAGGCAUCGACAACAGGGUGCGGAGAAGGUUCAAGGGCCAGAUCUUGAUGCCCAACAUAGGUUAUGGAAGCAACAAAAAGACGAAGCACAUGCUGCCCAGUGGCUUCCGGAAGUUCCUGGUGCACAAUGUUAAGGAGCUGGAGGUGCUGCUGAUGUGCAACAAAUCUUACUGUGCAGAGAUUGCUCACAAUGUCUCCUCCAAGAACCGCAAGGCCAUUGUGGAACGAGCAGCCCAGCUAGCCAUCCGAGUCACCAACCCCAAUGCCAGGCUGCGCAGCGAAGAAAACGAGUAGAUGGCUCGUGUGUUUAUUUGUGCUUAAAUAAAAUCACAAAAACUGCCUUCUGGUGUACUUUA